GUAAAUUGGGAAGGAGGGAGUCAGCCGCCAAAGUGCGCGUUUCACACGCGUCCUACGCUACUGCGUCACUCCGAUGACUCCGUAUUAUCUACUCUGACAAGUUAUCUCUCUCCGCGAUCAUCCACUCCCGUGAGAAGCUGAUCUGAAUUCCAAUCAUUUAUAGAAAACUGCGAUCGGCAUGGGUGGUGGAGGAGCGAUGAAGGCGGCGGCGAAGGUUGCCGGGAUCGGCGUCGCUAACAGCGUUCGAGGAUUCGCGCCGGACCAUCCCGUAUGUGCCGCUGCGCGUAUGGCCGUUCGUCAGGUCUCCGUUUUCGCCGGCUCUUCUGCUUCAGACGAUGCCAAGGGGCUUAUGCUCCCUGUUUCGGCAGUGGAUGGCACGUCCGUGCAGAUGCCUUGUUCGGAGUUUGAUGACUGGGAAUUUCCAGACGCAGAGGAGGGGCCGCCUCCACGGCUCGUUUUUUCCGGCGCGCCUACUCUCCAGGAAGCCAAAGAAGCCACCUCCGACCUCAAAGAGGCUAUUGAGAACGUCUUUUUGUCUCCUACAAACAAAUUUGGAGGUUCUAGAGCCACUGGUGCAGAUCUGUUUUCAAAUUCGAAUGAUGUGGAGACUAAAUCUUGUGUUAAUGCUGAAACAGCAGUUAUUAAGAGCUUAGCACCAACGAAUGCCUUUCAGGCUUUCAUGUUACUAUGUGAAAGUUCUGCUGCUCAGAAUGUUGUUGCUUCGAUUGCUUGUGAUCCAAAUGUUCACAGCGCUGUGAUGGUGAAUCCUGAGCUGCAGAAGUUCCUUACAACAUUUAAAAGCGGUAACACAGGCCAUCUCUUAUCCUAUUUCUCAUUGACACCUUUAUUUAUCAAUCCAUCUCUCUUUUAGACCAUUUUUUGCCCAUAAAAAGUGUAUUAUUUGUUUCAAAAGUAUAUCCCAAAAAGAGGGGGGAUGCAGUCUUCUUUAUAUUGUUGAAAUCUUUGUAUUUGAAGUAGAUUCAUGUAUUCUCCUUUUUGUACCGUUCUCUUAUCCAGGAUACCUAAAAUAGUACUACCUCCGUCCCACUAUGUUUGGGACAAGAGAGUGGCACAACUUUUAAGAAAAAGUGGAAUUGUGUGGUUGAUAUUGAAUUGAUAAAGUGUGAAUAAAGUAAAAAUGAAUUAUAACCACUUAAAUAUUACCAAAACCUGGUAUGAGACAAACUUAAUGAGACGAACGAAAAAGGUAAAACGGGACAAAGUUAGGGGAGGGAGGGAAUAUUUCUUAUUAUUCAUUAUUUUUUGUGAUCUUGUUGAAAAGUAUUUCCCACACCCUAUCAGGUACACAAUGUGGGGAAAUUGUCAAGUCAUUUAAUAACCUCUUCUCCUAGUCUCCUACUUCUUGAUUUGGUUAUUAUUAUAGUCGAUCAACGUCUUGAAACCUCAGGUCCUUGCCAUCCCGGCGAACACAAUGUGGGAGUAGAGGAAUCUGUAGGGGAGAAUGAGGCACCAUACCAAGCUGCAUCAAAAAGCGUAGAUGAGCCAGCACAUACUGGGAGUGGGUUUGCCGAUUUCUUCAAGAAUAUGAAAGUGGCUGUCGUAGAUAUGAUAAACAGCUUAUCUGGUUACCUGGAAAAUAUAUUCAGUGAAGGGUACAAUGUAGUGGCAAGCGGCGAUGGAAGUGCAAAAGUGAGUGGUGUCGACAAGGCAAUCGGAGCUUCAUUCAUGGGAUUGGCGGUGAUGGUGAUCAUGGUGGUUCUCUUGAAACGAGCUUAAUUACUAAUUAGCUGCCUAGAAAGAAUCUCCAGGAACCAUUUUGGUUCUCAGUUUGGAUUAGUUAAUGUUUAUGUUUGUUAGAUCUCACCAUCUCACCCCUCAUUCGCCUUUCGGCAAUCUAUUAGUUACACCGAACAUCAUUAUGUUGCCUUUUCAUUUCUACCAUUUUCAUCAUAAGUUGAAUGCUUACUAAAAAAUAGUACGGAGUAUUUCACUCCGUCCAAUUCUCUAGAGAAAUUACGUCCCGAGUAAUUUCAAACUCGUUUGGGUUGUAUGAAUAUACAAAUAUCGAACAAAAUACAAAAAUGAUAUUCCACA